AGACUUAGAACCUUCGAUUUCGAAGGCAGAGCAUGGGAGUCGUGAGGAUGAUGAUGCAGCCGGUCGAGGGUGUGUUCGUGUUCUACAUGACGAAGAUGCCACAGGGCUAGUGUAGUUUUCUCUGAGAGUUGCUUCUGGUCAUUGGCCGAUGCUCAUAUAAGACUUGUCGUGAAUAGAGGAUGAUGGUAGCAAAGUCAGAAGGUGACACAGCAGAACUUGAAGCCAACCAGCACUCUGCUCGAUGACACGCGUCCUUAAGCCUCGUCGAGGGGCGUUGAGACAAGGACUUAAGAAAUGCAUGGAAUCGAUACAGGGUGAUGAACUGGCGGCAAGAUUGCACGUACAACGAAAGGCAGUCGUCGGCAGUAAUAUGCCCGGGACUCUCAACUACACCAGAUUUCACCGAAUAUGAGGCACACUCACUGGUACUCACUAGUACCCAGUGAAAGCCGAUGUCAAUCUCCAGUGGCUGCUGCCAUUGGCUGGUGUGUGGCAGCAAGCAACC